AUGAUGGGUGAGGUUGGCGCAACCGUGACGUGUAACAACGAGGGCGUGCUCAAUAACAGCGAGGAGGGCAUUAUUUAUCGCCUCUGCCAGGAUAUGUAUCAGGAGAUGCAAAACCGUUCCUUCACAUCCCCCGCCGGAGAGACCAUCAGCUGGGAGGUGCAUGUCUUCUUUGUGGAGGUGUACUGCGAGAAGAUCAGUAGUCUGUUGAAUCGCAGCACACCCGGUUUCCAUCGUGACGAGGUCAUUGGAAAUGAAAUAUACUUCUUCCUUACCGACGCGCGCCGUGUGCCUGUGACAAAUACAGUGGUUGUUUAG